GUAAAACAUAAUGGAACAUGCUUAAAGAAUGGGACAAGCGUCAAGCAAAUGACACAACAAAAUAACCAAUAGGGGGAAAACUCCAAUCUGUUUCUCUCUUCCACAGUUCCACUAAACCUUCUCUAUUUGUUUUCACAAUCCUUAUUUCAUGCUCAGCUCUCUUUCCAUUUCUCCAACCGAUGACGUAUCACGAGGAAGACGGUUUGGUUCCUGAACUGCGGGUGAGAGUUGAAGCUGAUGGAAUUGAGAAACUAGGGAAUUAUAUUAAACUUAGUGAAGAGUUGGAGAGAGAAGCAGUGCAUGAAGAGGAAGAAGAUUCAUCACCUUCUUCUUGUUUUUCUUGUGGAUGUAAAAGAUCUCUUUGGUUCUGGAUCAAGCUUGCUCUUCUCCUCGCCUUUCUAGCUGCUUUGGCUCUCGCUGCUUACAAAUGGCUCGUUCCCUUAAUCAUGGACAAGGAGCUUAUCCCUAUCAUAAAAUGGGAGAUAAAGACAUUUACACAUCCUGUGUUAGGCAUUCUUAUAUUCGCAACCAUGGCACUACUCCCUGUAAUACUUGUUCCAUCUACGCCAUCAAUGUGGGUGGCUGGGAUUACAUUUGGUUACGGCUAUGGCUUUCUUCUUACUUUUCCAGCUAUGGCUAUUGGUGUAUCUCUUCCUUACUUCAUCAGCUAUCUCUUCUGCCACCAAAUUCAAGGUUGGUUAGAAAGAUAUCCAGAUCAAGCUGCGAUGCUGAGAGCUGCUGGUGGAGGCAAUUGGUUUCACCAGUUUAGAUCAGUAACCUUAAUCCGGAUCUCACCAUUCCGUUACGUUUUUUAUAACUACUGUGCUGUUGCAACUCGUGUGAAGUAUGGUCCGUACAUCGCUGGUUCUCUUUUAGGCAUGGUGCCAGAGAACUUUGUUUCUAUUUAUACAGGGAUUCUUAUAAGGAAAUUGGCAGAUGCAUCCACUGAGGAACAAAAAGGGAUGUCGAUUCUUCAGAUUGUUCUCAACGUUCUUGGUUUUGUAGCAACUGUUUUGACAACUGUUCUCAUCAUGAAGUAUGCGAGAAGACAGCUCGAAAUUAUGAAGAAGGAAGAGGAAGCCUUGUUGUUGCAGUAAUGACAGAGACAACCUUGGAACUUUUGUGUCUGCUUCUUUCCAAAAGAUCAGGUUCAGUCCAAGAUGUGAAAGAACUAACUCUGUUUUUUGGUUUUCGGUUGAUUCAUUUGGUUUUGUUUUUUUUUUCUCAGCUAAGAAAAAACAAAUUAAGUGACUUAUUAACACACAUAAUAUCUUUAAUGUUAGUAAGUGUUUAUGUUAUGUUUAUUUUUUUGAUGUU